UGUCCAAGUUACUAUUUAUUGCUCUUUGGUUUUUUACUGACAAAUUUGCAAAAUUCCAGUCAUAAUGCUCACCUGCGUUGUAUAAUAUAUAAAGCUCCAACCUCCUAUAUCCACCGCAACGUGACUCGUCCCUCAAUGUCAAGAUGGCGGCGUGGUGGGCAGGUCGUGUGAUCACGUUCUUUUUGUGUGUCCUCUUAGCCGUCGUUGAGAUGGGAACUCCGUUCGGAUUCCCGCCUAUAUCGGAGUCUUUUAAUGCUGCUUCCAAGAAUUCAGGCAAUUUGAUGAAUUCCGGCACCUUAAACAAGGGUUUUAACAACAACAGUGUCCGGUUACUUCGGGAAGCGGCUUUCAAUAAGGAAAAUAACGAUUUCGAGUUGAUAAUGGUGUUACCCAACCGAAAGAAGCGGCAACCAGCGUUAGAGAAGUCUCCAGUGCGUCGAUCACGGUCGGCGAGCAUCCAAGGCGGCGCCACUGAGCCGAGGAUAUGAUCAAAUCCCGCCUGCCCCGCGCCACGCUGUGACGCUGUAAUACGUGCGAUUUCUAGUUUAGCUUUUAAAUUUAAUUUGCAUCGAAAUCAAUUAUUGACUGUACUGGCGUUAAUGUUUGCAACAGGACCUUUGUUCAAAUGCCUUCCUGCUUUAUCGUGAUAUAUUAACAUGUCCGGUAAAGAUUUUAUAUACGUUAAUACACACAAUUUUAAAAUAGGCAAUAUAAUAAUAAAUACAUAUUAAAAUCCA